ACGCGCAUGGUACUUUAUAAAUGAACCAAACAUUUCAGAGUUGGAUUGUAGUACCACACAAUGGAGAGCGAAACCCUUGAUCUAAUCAGCAGUGUACCGGAAGACAUUAUCAAUCUCAUAAUGUCGUUCCUCCCACUGAAAGAGGCCGUCAGAACUAGCGUUGUUUCGCCUCUUUGGAGAGGAAUUUGGACACCAUACAAUGUAAAUUUGGACAUUGAUUCAGAUGGCAGACGUAGCCACCGAGCUAAUGAAGGUGUGACGCGAGUCAUUGAUACAUUUCUGAAGUCUUACAACAAUCUCGAGCUUUGUAAGCUCUGUUUAAGGUUUGAAAUGAAAGAGAAGUUGAUCAUCUUAGCUGCUAAAGGAGUAGACAAAGAGCUUCAUCUAAAUUUCUCAGAAGAGAAUCAAGUCACAAGUGAUUUCAAUUUGAAAUUGGAGGUAACUUGUCAAAGUCCAGCUAACGAUUUCCCAGAGUUAGCAGCUGGCUUUGCCUCUCUCAAGACUCUCCAUCUGCGAUCAGUUACUGGUCUUGCUGAGGAUAUAGUUCCUGCUUUGUUCUCAGAUUUCAAGUUUCUUGAAUGCUUGAAGCUUGAGAAAUGCAUUGGGUUGCGAUGUCUAGAGAUAAACGCGGGUGGUUCUCUCAAAAGCUUGACAGUGGUGGACUGUCCUGACUUGGCUGAGAUUACUCUUUCUGCUUCUAAUCUCAAAUCCUUCUCGUAUCAAGGAGUUCUUCCUCGGAUUCAGCUGAAGAAUGGCGUGAACCUUGUUGAUGUCAUGCUCGAUAUGAGAGAUGGUAUAGGCCACAAUGAGUUCGAUUGUGAGGAGCUUUUAUCAUUACUAGCAGCUUUAAAGGAUGUUCAGGUUCUCACUCUCAGUGGUUGGCUUCUUGAGUGGCUAUGCUCAGCAGGAGUGAUUUUCAGCAAGCUUGAGUUCAGAUUCAACAUGUUAAAAGAACUAUGUUGGACAGACUCUUCCAUUGAUGCACAAAAGCGCGCUUCCUUAGCUUACUUCUUGGACAUCUGUCCUCUAUUAGAAACACUAACCAUAAAUAAUGAUGGAACGCGAAAACCUAUUACUUGUCCACAUUUUUGCCAUUACUGGCACGAGCCUUAUUUCCACCUGGAUUCUUCAGUUCCGAAAUCGACUUCUUUACAACUUCAGCACCUUAAAGUUGUUAAAAUGGCGGGAUAUAGAAACCAGGAGGAUGAGUUAUUGGUAAUGGAUCUUCUACUGAAGAAAGCAGUCAUACUCCAGUCCAUGACUGCAACGUCGGGGCAGAAUGAUUUGUGGCACGUUGUCAGGAUACCCUUGAGUCAGCUAAAGCAAACGGCUAGGUGCCAACCUGAAUUCAGAGCUAUCUUAUCUCCAAAUGAGAAAUAUUUCUUUGGAUUCAUCAAAUAAAUUUUGCAAUAUGUUACGUUCAACGUACAGUUAAAAGGAAUUUGUUCACUUUAGAAUUGACAUAUUUUGUUACUUUGUAUGUAAUGAAUUUGCAAGUUCUUCAAUCAAGUUGUGAGUUUUUGUGUGAUAAAAAAUUUGGGCUGGAGCAAUAUAGAUAUGUAUUAACCUAAUUAAUGGAUGAAAAACAUUAAGUGAACCUAAGUUCAUAACUUCAUCCUUUUGGUCUUGUAUACAGACAUCUACUAUGUUACAAGAGCUCCUUUUUGAGUGAUUAGCGUCGGCUUGGAGCAGUCUUUUGGGACCUGUUUUGGUACGUUUAUGGUUGUCAACAAUGCUGAACCAUGAAGAUGGACUUUAAAGUAUUUUAGUCUCCUGUUUUUGGACCACAGAGACUGGUUGACAAGUUGCCAGUCUAGAACCACAUGGUUGUGAUCAAUUCUUCAACUUGCCCCAUCUUUUAUAUAUGGAAAAUGAUUUUUUUUACCGAAUAGUUGAAGUGAAUUGUUAGAUCUACUUUUUUUAAUUUGUCAAUUAUGUAACAAAUAAGGAAGUGAAGCCUUCCACUCGUUGUAUUUGAUAUAAAUAACCGAUUAAAAAUUAUUCGGUAAGGUAAUUCAAUGUAAGAUAUAUAUAUAAUUUACAAAAAAGGAAAGAUGUCUCAUUCACUUUUUUAUUUGGAUUUGAUUUUUUUUUUUUUUUAAUUAAAAGAAUGAGAAAUAAAAUUUGUAUAUCUUUUAUUAAUAUACCCUUAUUAUAUAAAAUUAUCACACAUUAAAAUUUAAUAAC